AUGAGGCCUCUGUUCAAGAUUCCGAUUGUUUAUCUCAGCUUAUCUCCAUCUUUUUGUGAUCAUUCCGCUAUCUCGUUGUCCACUCUUAUCCUUUUUGAUGAAAAUAGUUUCUUCGCAGGGGUGGACAGAAUGAGAUCGGCAACAGUAGUGCUGAAGAAUUCGAUUCGCGCCAAAUCUUGGUGGAACCAUGUUGAAAUGGGCCCCCCUGAUGCAAUUCUCGGAGUCACAGAAGCAUUUCACCGUGAUUCAAAUCCAAAGAAGAUGAAUUUGGGUGUUGGAGCGUACAGAGACGACCAGGGAAAACCAUUUGUUCUGCCGUCAGUGAAAGAAGCUGAAAAAAAGCUAAUGGCUGAGAAUCUAAACAAAGAAUAU